AUGCCUGAGCACUGUGCGGCUUAUUCCUGUAAAAAUCGUCUGACUGUUCAAAACAGGGCUCAGGGGAUUACUUUUCACAAGUUUCCCAAAGAUGUUAGGAAGAAGUGGGAAGUGGCUUUGAAGAGGGAAGGAUUCACUGCAAGUGAUUCAUCCGUGGUUUGCAGUGAGCAUUUUAAGCAGGACGAUUUCGAUAGGACAGGUCAGAUUGUCCGACUCAGAGAUGGUGUUAUUCCAUCCAUCUUCAGCUUCCCGGUUCAUCUCAAAAGACCGGAAAAGGGCAGGACGACAUCUACCUCCAGAAGAGCUGAAGAGAGCCUGUCUGUGGCCCCUCAGGAUGCCCCACAAACUUCAACCUCACACCCACAACCUCAGCCUAAUGAUGAUCAUGGCUAUGCCUUGCCUGCUUCUCCUACCUCUCUUAAGGCCAAACUCAAUGAAGCCUUAUCAAGAGUGGAAAGUCUGGAGCGAGAGAAGAAGAAUGCCAUGGCCAGAGAAAAGAGGGCAAAGACCACAGUGAAGAGUCUUUUAGGAGAUUUGAGGGAAAAGAACCUUAUGAAUGAAGAGCUCCAAGAGAAGCUUGAAUUCUACUCAGGUGGCUGUGUUCAGUGGAUGACAAGCCAGGCUUGAAUAAAAUUAUGCUGGAUAUGCUGGAGAGGAGAUUCCUGGAAGACCAGGCUAAAUAUGGAUGCGUUGCACUCAUGUUGGAUGCCAUGGCCAUCAGAAAACAUGUGCAAUAUAAUCCACAUACCCAGUCAAUGUCUG